AUGACUUGCACCGGUAAACUGACUAUCAAGUCUGUCAAAAAACUGACAAAUGGCGUAGAAAUGCCCCUGUUUGGAUUGGGCACGAGUCACCGGGGGGGCUUCAGUGCAGAGGCUGUGAAGCAGGCACUGGUCGAGUGUGGAUAUCCUAUGAUUGAUACUGCAAG